AUGUUCUCAAGAGCCAUCCGCCAGUCCGGCCGCCGGGUCGCGGCAAUUUCUGCAUCCAGCAGAAUCGCAUCUACUCGGUCAACACCGGCAACUUUCAACACCGCAUCAAAGCAACUUCGAUCCUAUGCCUCCGACGCGAAGGCUGCCCCUACUGAGGUCUCCUCUAUCCUCGAACAGCGGAUUCGUGGUGUCCAGGAGGAGGCUUCCCUCGCCGAAACUGGCCGUGUCCUCUCAGUCGGUGAUGGUAUCGCUCGUGUCCAUGGUAUGGCCAACGUACAAGCCGAGGAGCUAGUCGAGUUCGCCUCAGGGGUGAAGGGCAUGUGUAUGAACUUGGAAGCCGGCCAGGUCGGUGUCGUGCUCUUCGGUUCUGAUCGUUUGGUCAAGGAAGGCGAGACGGUCAAGCGUACCGGUGAGAUUGUCGACGUUGGUGUCGGUCCAGAGCUUCUUGGCCGCGUUGUCGAUGCUCUCGGUAACCCCAUCGACGGAAAGGGUCCCAUCAAGACCACUGAGCGCCGCCGUGCUCAAGUCAAGGCCCCUGGUAUUCUGCCUCGUCGCUCAGUGAACCAGCCUGUGCAGACUGGAUUGAAAUCCGUCGACGCCAUGGUACCCAUUGGUCGUGGACAACGUGAACUGAUUAUUGGUGAUCGUCAAACUGGAAAGACCGCCGUUGCUCUUGACGCCAUGUUGAACCAGAAGCGAUGGAAUGAUGGCAACGACGAGAGCAAGAAGCUGUACUGUGUGUACGUUGCUGUUGGUCAGAAGCGUUCCACCGUCGCGCAGCUCGUCAAGACUCUUGAGGAGAAUGACGCCAUGAAGUACACCAUUGUCGUUGCCGCCACUGCCUCUGAAGCCGCUCCUCUGCAAUACAUCGCGCCAUUCACUGGUACCUCCAUGGGAGAGUGGUUCCGCGACAACGGAAAGCACGCCGUCAUCAUCUUUGAUGAUUUGUCCAAGCAGGCCGUCGCCUACCGUCAAAUGUCGCUUCUGCUCCGUCGUCCUCCUGGUCGUGAGGCCUACCCCGGUGACGUCUUCUACCUCCACUCUCGUCUGCUGGAGCGUGCCGCCAAGAUGAAUGACAAGCACGGUGGCGGAUCUCUCACUGCUCUGCCCAUCAUUGAGACUCAGGGUGGUGACGUGUCCGCUUACAUUCCUACCAACGUCAUCUCCAUCACCGACGGUCAAAUCUUCUUGGAGGCUGAGCUCUUCUACAAGGGUAUCCGACCAGCCAUCAACGUCGGUCUGUCUGUCUCACGUGUCGGUUCCUCGGCCCAAUUGAAGGCCAUGAAGCAGGUCGCUGGUAGCUUGAAGCUUUUCUUGGCUCAAUACCGUGAAGUCGCUGCCUUCGCUCAAUUCGGUUCUGAUCUCGAUGCUGCAACCAAACAGACUCUGUCUCGUGGUGAGCGUUUGACCGAGCUCCUCAAGCAGAAGCAAUAUUCUCCUAUGGCCGUUAACGAGAUGGUGCCACUCAUCUAUGCUGGUAUCAACGGUUACUUGGACAACAUACCCGUUAACAAGAUUCUGCAGUGGGAGUCCGACUUCUUGGCCCAUCUCAAGAGCAACGAAUCUGACUUUUUGGCCACGAUUGACAAGGAGGGUGCCUUGAGCAAGGAUCUGGAAGGCAAGCUGAAGGAACUCAUCACAAGCUUCACCAAGAGCUUCCAGUAA